UAUAACCACCAACUUAAAACUCCCCAAUCCCCAUCAUCAAAACAUAUCCUCUUUAAGAAAAAAUAGACCACCCCAUCAAAGAUCAAUCCUAGCAAAUUAGUUUCCAAUGGACAAUUCUCAAAAAUAUUCAUCUCUUAGUUGUGAAAUACAAAUCAUAAGAGCAAGAAACGUUGAGCAAAGAUCCUUAGGAAGCAGUUUGUAUGUUAGAUGCUAUCUAGCUGCAGGAGAGGAUCAAAGGGUUCAAAUAAACAGCCAAGAGAUCGUCCCAUCGAAAUCAUAUGACUUGUUUUGGGACGAGUCUUUCUCAUUGGAUUGCUCGGGAACUGAAGAUUCCAUCAAUAAUCUCAAGCAAGGAAGUAUAGUCUUCGAACUUCACUCAAAAAAAAUUCUUCCAAUUUUAGGUAAAGUUGGAGGUUCACAAAUCUUGGGAAGGGCUGAAAUUCCAUGGACAAGUGUUUUUGAGUCAACAAAUAUGGAAAUUGUUGAGUGGGCAAUUAUGGGUUCAGAGAAGAGACAUUUGCAUGAAGAUAUGAAGCCUAUGUCAGUGCAAAUAGCAAUGAAGGUUAGUGUAAAAGAGACAACAAAAGUGAAGAAAAAUGAUAAGUUGAGAUCAUCAUCAUGGGAUAAUAAGUGUGCUUGCAUGGACUAUUGUGGAUGUAAUAGUAGUAAUAUUCUUAGUGCUGAUGAUUAUGAGGUCUUUCCACUUGGUGCUGUCCUGGGUGCCUUGUAAGAGUAACACAAAAAGUGGUGCAAAUUUUAAUAUAUAUAUAUAUAUAUAUAUAUAUAUAUAUAUAUAUAUAUAGAUAUAUAUAUGUUUUUCUGUGACUUAUGCUCUAAUACUUUAAGCUUUUGUUUCAUAUUGUUCAUUUUGCUAUUUGAAGACCUUCAGGAAAUUGUAGAUUA